AACAUUCGCUAUAAAUAUCAUCUCAGCGACGCCAGACGUUGAAUUCAAUAUUUAACAUUUUGUAUACAUAAGUGACUAACUUCGGCCCAUUUAACUGCAAGUGAUGACGGCGCUAAGGGACGAGACCCCGCUUUUUCACAAAGGCGAGAUAGUCCUUUGCUACGAGCCGGAUAAAUCGAAGGCCCGUGUUCUUUACACCAGCAAGGUGCUAAACGUCUUUGAGCGCCGGAACGAACAUGGCCUGAGGUUCUACGAGUACAAGAUUCACUUCCAGGGCUGGCGCCCAUCCUACGAUCGCUGUGUACGCGCCACCGUUCUGUUGAAAGACACCGAGGAGAAUCGCCAGUUGCAGAGGGAGCUGGCCGAAGCUGCCAAGCUGCAAAUUCGUGGUGACUACUCCUACAAGGGCACACCCGAUAAGCCAUCUGCUAAGAAGAAACGCGGCGGAAAAGCAGCUCACGUUGAGGAGCCAAUAGUGGAUCCACUCGACACGGGACAUCUUGAGGCGGAGCACGAAAUGGCGCCCACUCCACGAGCAGCGGGCAGCCGGACGCGGGACAACAGCGGUGGCAAGAGAAAGGAGAAACCCCCGCCACCCGAUGGCCGAUUAAAGGGAAACCGGGGCAGACAAACCGAGACCUUCUAUCACAAUACCACAAAUGACGUAUCGGUCGAUAGCCAUGUGCCACAAGAGGAUCGCAUUAUGAUGCGAGUCAGCGAGCGAUUGCGAGAGCUAAUAGAGUACGAUCGGAAUAUGGUCAAGGUACUAGGCAAACAGCAUGCACUGCCCGCCCGCGUGCCCAUCGUGACCAUCAUGGAGAACUUCGUCAAGCAGCAGGCCGUGGAGCUAGCCAUUAGCAUCAAACAGGACAGCUCGAGGGCCAGGAACACGCAGAGUCGCAAUGCCCGAAUGGAGCGGGAAUACGAUCGCGUUAUGUCCACUGUCUGCAUGCUGAAGGAGGUGGUUGACGGAUUGCGUAUCUACUUUGAGUUCCACGUAGAUGACCACUUGUUGUAUAAGGAGGAGAAGGAGUACGUCCACAACUACCUCACAGACGCCAACAUGCGCAACUGCAGCCUAAUAUUGAACAAGUCGUACGAGUACAUCAAUCCCAGCGGCGACACGGAACUGAUCGGUCUGGACGGCACGCCAGUGGGAGAAGGGUCGGGCGACACCAAUGGACAGAUCGGAGUUAAUAGUCUCGGCGGUCCGGAGUACGAGAAGCAGUUGCAAAAGUGCCUGCUCUACAUUGUCACCGCCAGCGGGAAAAACACUGCGCAGGCCUAUGAGAGGACUUCUCCAUACACGGCUGCCUACAAACUGCCCGUGGAGAUGCGUGGAUUUCUGAGCGAAACAUUCAAGUGGCGGCUUUUAUCAGCGGAAUCGCCGCCAGAAAAGUCCAUGGUCUUUGGCGCUCCCCACCUGGUUAGACUAAUGAUUAAGAUGCCCAUGUUCUUAAACGCAUCGCCGAUCAGCAACAAGAAGCUAGAAGAUCUACUUCCCCACCUCGACGCCUUCAUCAACUACUUGGAGAACCACAGGGAGUGGUUCGACAGGGAAAACUAUGUUAACUCCACUGCCCUGCCCCAGGAAGAGCUGCAGCGGGAGCUGUUGGACUCCCUGGAUGGGAUUGCUGCUUAGCUUUAGUUGAUCGUAGUUAUAUGGUUUAUUUAUUAUUACGAUUAAAGCUUAUGUUCUUUUAUUUAAA